UCAUCCUCAAACUCUUCAAAGCAUGGUACAUAGAGCAUUUGCGAAGUUAUGAGCUGACGAGUAAUUGCACUUCUGAUCUUCAAGUUGUAGAACCCCAGGAGCUUAAUGGAUACCAUCCAGUCUAUCCAUAUGUAAGAGCUGGCAAGCUAUACAUUACACCAAAAACCUUCUUGCUUCACUAAGUUGCAGAGAAACCCAGGUACUUUCUAUCGCUAUAACAAAAUGCUAUGUCACGUGAUCAUCUCCCCACAAAACAUUCAAAAAGUUAGACUUGAUCCUGUUCCAGAUUCUGUUGAUGGCCUCAGGUUUGAACUUAAAAGCAGGCUUCAGCUGAAAGACCCUUUUGAUCUUCAAUAUGAAGAUGAAGACUUCCAUGAUUUCUGUAACCUUACAUGUGUAGCUGAUCUGCCCAAAUACAAGGUGACACUGAAGAUUCUUUUCACCCCUUUUCGAGAUACAUUGUCAGACUCCAGUUUAGACACUGCAAUUUUAAGUGAAUUUUCAUCCACAUCAACUUCUUCACCCAGCAUCCAUUCAGAGCCAUCUGCCACCCGUUCGCAGCCAUGGCCAACAGCCUUUCCCAUCCCCAUUUUUACAUAUGAUGUGGAGUUAAUUCUAAGACAAGGUAAUGAGGCAUUUCGAAAGGAUGGAACACUUCUGUCAGUUUCCAGAGACAUGAAGAUUGACAUUCUAACCCAACUUGCAGAAACUAUAUACUCAUACAAAGCCUAUCCUGUAAAUGAAGAGAUUGAAAGUGUAGCUGCUGCCCUAAUUGAAAAACACCCCUGUCUCAAAGAGCCAAGCUCUGCAUCUGGAUGGUAUGGGUGGAAAAUUAGUUUGAAGUUUAAGAUGGGCAACUACAGACAAAAGCUGAGAGAUGCAGGUUGUCAGGAACUGAAAGUGAAUUCUGAAAAGAGAGGUCUUGGGGAGACAAGAAGAAAGCGAAACAAAGUGAAGAAACCUAGACGGUGUGAAACAAAUUUUCUUCCAGAUCUACCUCAGGGCAAAGACCAGGAAAGUCUAGAUAAGGAAAGAGAGCAAAUAGCAGUGGAGAUGAAGAAGAGGACUACUGACAUCAGCUUUGUUGAUUCUGCUAUGAGCAGCAUGUUUUCUUUGAGAAGACAAGAAGUUGUUGAGGAAGAGCCACCAGUGUCACAAAUGAAAGUUCGAUGGCCAGCACUUUUCACAGAGAGACAGUUGAGCAAAGAAUUCACCAGGCUUGUGCAAGUCCUUUUUUGAAGGCCUAGAUCGUCAUCUCUCGAACUGAUACAGUUAUUCAGGUCAAAGCGUUAUGAGGACAUUCCUGAAAUGACGUCAAUACUGCAGAGCCUUCAUAAGGGUGUAAGUCUAUUUCAAAGCAGUCUUUCUCUCCCCAAAAUGACAAUUCUGUGAUCAUUUACUCACUUUCAUGUUUGUCCAAACCUCUGUGAACAUUUUUCUUCUAUGAAUUAUAAAAGUAGUGAGAGUGACAUCUUUACAUACAAUGACUAAGUGUCUAAAAAGUAACCUACACG